ACCCACAAAGCUCAGCUUCCUUGAACUGAUGUUUCAGGGCAAAGUUGGUGAAUUUUGUAUGGCUGUGUGUAGAGAGGACAUGAUGUGAUCCAGCUGGUUUCCUGCAUCUCGUGUUAUGUUACAUUACUGUGUAUGGGUCGAGUUGCUUGCUGGUGACUAGAGUUGCAAUUUCUUCUGUUUGUGAGCAUUGGAAAUACCAUUUGGAAUUGGAUCUGUUGAACAUGCAAUGCCUGUGACCCAAAGUUUAAUCAUGGGAGUUGGACAUCACUGACAAGGCCAGCAUUUAUUGCCCAUCCCUAAAUGGCCCUAACCGAGCGGCUUGCUGGGCCAUUUCAGAAGGCCUUGGGUCACAUGUAGGACACAUUGGGUAAAGGAUGAGACAUCAUUUCAGAUUAUUUGAAAAAGUUGCACUGGUAUGUAUAGGAGUUCUGGGAUUGGUGUUCAUUUUCACCCAUAACAGUCCAUCGCAGCGAAUUGAUGGCGUUCCCAAGAAAACCAUCCAUCCCAUCAGCUCACAAAAGAUCAGCAUAGAGAAACCAAAACCUGCUCCCUUGUGCAAAGAAAAUGCGAGUGUCUUGAUUCUGAAAAAUUUCGCAAAGGAACCACCGCACAUAAAGGACUUUCUAACGUACAAACACUGCAGGAAAUUCAACCUCAUUCAGAAUGUUCCGGAGAAGUGCGGGGGUCGAGAAAGGUCCCAUGAUGUCUUCUUGCUUCUGGUGAUCAAAUCUAACCCCAUUAAUCAUGAUCGGCGAGAAAUGGUGAGGAGGACCUGGGGGAAAGAGCAAGAAUUCCGAGGGGUCCAAAUCAGGAGGGUCUUCAUCACUGCCGUCUCCACUGACCAACAUGAACAGUGGAAACUGAAUUGGUUACUGGAUUUGGAGAACCGGCAACAUCAGGACAUCUUGCAGUGGGAUUUCCUAGACACCUUCUUCAACCUCACUCUCAAGCAGUACAAACUGAUGGAGUGGAUGGACCACUAUUGUCCCAAGGCCCAGUUCAUUUUCAAUGGAGAUGAUGAUGUCUUUGUCAAUAUUGACAAUACGGUGGAGUAUUUGCUGAGCAUGGACGCUAGUCAGCACCUGUAUGUGGGAUAUCUCAUUUAUAUGGUGGGUCCCAUCCGUGAAAAGUGGAGCAAGUAUUACGUCUCGGAGCUGGUGACCGCUGCCAAAUCCUACCCUCCCUACAUUGCUGGAGGGGGCAUCCUCAUGUCCAGGCACACGGCUGGCAUCAUCUACAAAAUGGCCCGCAUAAUCGAGUUCCUCCCCAUCGAUGAUGUGUUCAUGGGCAUGUGUCUGGAGAAAGCUGGGCUGGCCCCCAAAUCACACAUGGGAUUCCGGGUGGUUGGAGUGAGGGUUCCGUCUCCCCAGGAUGACUCAUUCAACCCGUGCUAUUACCGUGAGCUCAUCCUUGUGCACCGCUUUAAGCCUUACGAGCUGUUGCUGAUGUGGGAGGCAGUGCACAACAGCAGCCUAAGAUGUGGCAGAUCAUCAUAGGCACAGAUAAUGCAGGGCAUAAGCAAUUAGUGAAUCACAGCUGGAUACACUGGCAACACUGAGUGGGACAUGAUGUUAAUAUUUAUAAAAAACUUAUGAAGAGAACUCUAAUUUUUGCGUCGCAUUUCUGAUAUGCCUUGAAGGGAGAAUAUCUUGAUUUAAUAGUUAACUCAUUCCCUUUCCACCACAACCCAUUCGCCAAUUCGAUGAGGGUUGUGCCAUCUUUGUAUAUGUUAGACUCUGAUGCUGAUGUACCAUCCUUCUUCCUGCAUUUAAACAAUCUGUUUAUAUUGUUCAUAGUAUUUGCUAGACAAUGAUGUUUGGCAGGAAAAUAAAAUAAAUAUUUUCUUCAUUUUUUUUAAAAUUGGUGAAUACUGGUGGGAUGUUCAACCAUAUGAGGCAUCACAGCUCUGUCCAUUGCUCACCUUGUGCGGUGCCCCUGUAAACACAUUUGCAGCAAAGCUUAUCAUAGAAUGAUCAGGAACUGUCCAACCUCACCCAACACUAAUUUUUGACUCUCUGCUGGCUUGGUGGAUGAAUUCAUUCACCGCUGAACACUCAGCUAUGCCUACGCUGAGUCUCGGGGGCGAGUUUGAUCCAAUCUUUUAUGGCUGGAUGAUAUUUCUAUUUGGUUUACCACUUCUUUCCCUACCCCUUUACCCCCCCACCCAGAUCAUUCAGGGUUAAAAGUAUUUCCGCGUUGGACGACACUGAGAAUUCAGAAUUGAUGUCGUUCAGUGUUUUAUCAAGAACCAAUGUCUCGAGUUGUCUUUGGAUAAAGGACGGAAUGAAGCAACUCCAAUUGUCAUUAAUGAAGCAUUUGUGGCUGCUGUAAUAUGGGGUGAGCAGAUGGUGAGCUAGGGGGAUGGAUGAACGAGAUGGGCUGAAUGGCAUCCCUGAUCCUUAAUUCCAAUAGGCAGCCCAAACUGAAUUGUGUUCCCUCUUGGACUAUUUCCUUUUGUCAAAAGUGUGGGCUUAACUUCCCCAAUUCUCUGUCAUUUAAAUUUCGAUGAGGGUUGUGCUAUCUUUGUAUAUGUUAGACUCAAAUGCUGAUGUACUAUCCUCCUUCCUCCAUUUAAACAAUCUGUUUAUAUUGUUCAUGGUAUUUGCGAGACAAUGGUGUUUGGCAGAAAAAUCAAAUAAAUAUUUUCUUCAUUUAUUUUUAAAAAAA